AAAAUCACUAACUCUAAAACAAUACUGAUAAUCUUAAAAAACGACUCUACCCAUAAAUGUUUAGUCCUAACCCUAUCAACUAGAAAUACCACUCUCGAGGACAAGGCUGGCAUAGUGAAACAAUGCAGCUGAAGUAAAUGGGGGCUAGAUGAUAUGGUCUUCAAGGUGAAAUAACUGGAAAUUAAUACAUUCUGCUAUAGCUCUCUCCCUUGUAACUCCUUUUGUCAUCAUUGAUAUCAGCUUCAUGUGGUCAGUAAUGGGAGCCGUUCUGAUGAAGAAAGACUACAUGUUUUCUUAUACCUUGGCACAGAGGAGGUUAGAAGACUUGUAAAUCAUUUGGCCAAUAAAUGGAAGAAAUGUCUGAAAAUGAAGGACCUGUUUGAAGUUACCUAUACCGUAAAAUAAUCUCAGAACUGUGGAUUACUACAACCUUACAUCAGUAAAUAUGGCAGUUGUUCACAGGGGCUCUAACGGCUGGAUGCUUGACCACCUUACCUACAUCAACAAGACCAUCCUAAACUGUGAAAGAAUGAAAAGUUACACCUUCAGACCAGAAUAUUUCGACAUAGUUAAACCUCACAUCAGUUCUUCCACUAAGACUACAAAUCCUUUACUGAAAACUAAAACAUCAUCUACUAAAGAGAGCACUGAAGUUUCCUGUUCUGGAGAUGAAACCAUCAGUCAAGACAUUCAGGGGAACACUGCCUGCUACAGUCGAAAACGCAAGCGGAAGCACAAGGAACUGAAUCAAGGUGAACUGGAUGCUUUGACCUAUCAUAUAAAGGUACGAGAUCUCAUUCUUGAGGGCACAAAAUGCCUACUUCAGAGUGAAAUGACAAAGAGCUUAUUACCGAGGAUGAAUGCAAGCAAUGGAGACCAUAACAGCUGCUUAGCUAACAUGAUUACUAGUGACAGCAGACUAGCAGAAUUGUGUGAGCUGGCAAAGCAGGUCCCUUUGGAAGACAAGGAGGUGGAAGAUGGGCAGUCUGCAGUACAAGUGAUUGAUGAGGAGACACAAUCUGUACCAGACCUUGAUCCGUUUUCUCUUGUAACAGAAAAUAUUAUGAACUGCACCCGGAUUGUGACUUUGAUGGGUGAAAAAUAUCUGCUACCACCACAUACUAGCUUCCUUCUGUCAGAUAUUACCCGUAUGCGUCCCCUGUUGAACUAUAAAAAGUUUGAUGCAAUUGUUAUAGAUCCUCCAUGGGAAAACAAGUCUGUCAAAAGGAGUAACAGGUACAGCUACCUACAAUCAUGGCAGAUCAAGCAGAUACCUAUCCCAGCAUUGGCUUCUCCUGAGUGCCUGGUAGCCACAUGGGUCACAAACAGACAAAAACACCUGCGCUUUGUUAAAGAGGAGCUGUAUCCACACUGGGCCAUAGAUCUAGUCGCAGAAUGGUAUUGGGUUAAAAUUACCCGCUCUUUCGAAUUUGUAUAUCCUUUGGAUUCUCCACACAAGAAACCUUAUGAAAUCCUGAUACUUGGGAAAGUGAAGAGCUCUGCAUAUUGUCAGAACAGGGAAGAGACUGAGCCAAUUCCAGAUCAGCAGCUCCUGGUUAGCGUCCCUUCUAAGCUUCAUUCCCAUAAACCAUCACUAGCAGAAGUUCUCGCUGGAUACAUCAGAUCUAAUGCUCAUUGUCUCGAGCUGUUUGCACGCAGUCUGCAGCCUGGCUGGACAAGCUGGGGAAAUGAAGUCCUAAAAUUUCAGCAUCUUGAUUAUUUCUGUUCAGUGGAAGAUGUCACAUGAUGAAAAGCUCAGGGGGCAAUAUGGUUAUAUUCUGAGCCAAGCACAAGCAGCGACAUGUAUAAAUGUUGCCUGAAAUCUGCUGAAGUUUUACAUCAUCCUUUGAAGUCAUUCAUACUGAAUCUGGUCUGCACCUCCUUUCUGCAUAUUACCCACUUUUUCUUACCAGUGUGUCAGAGUGAAGACUCGUGGCAUUGUGACUCUUCCUUACCUGUCUAGAUUGCUGGCCAUGUUUCUGGGUUAUACUGUCUGUGGAUGCUCCUGUGUAUACGGCAUAAGGUCUGCAUUCAUAACUUAGUAUUAGCUUUUAUCUCCUUGCAGGUACAGUCUGCAAUAAUUAUUGGGUGGGAAGAGGCAUCCAAAUUGACAAGUGGCAGAAUAAAUAUGCUAUCUUAGUUUGUGUUAUCACAAGUAAUAUUUGUACAGGUCACACUUAAGAAAACCUGUAUAUAAAUGUUUGGAGCUAUAGUUGCUUAUCAUGAGAUGAAAUCAUUUAUCUUGACAUGUGAAAUAUGAAACAAGGUAAACAUUCAUUAACCUACA